AUGGAUCGCUCGCUCCCACUCCCACUCUCACCCGCAGUCAAGAAACUCAAAUGUGAAUCGGAUUGCACGGUGUUGGACGAGCCGGAGAAUCAGACGCAUAUUUCGUGUCUGUAUCCCGAGAUCCUCACGUUGAUCUUCGGCUACCUCGACGUCCGAGAUAAAGGUCGUGUGGCUCAGGUGUGCGUGACGUGGAGGGACGCAGCUUAUCAGAAAUGCGUGUGGAAGGGCGUGGAAGCCAAGCUGCAUUUACGGCGCGUCAACCCGAACCUUUUCCCCAGUCUCGUCAGACGGGGAGUGAAAAAAGUCCAAGUCCUGAGCCUGAGGCGGGGUCUCCGCGAUGUGAUAAACGGGAUUCCGAACUUGGCAUCCUUGAACCUUAGCGGAUGUUACAAUGUGACUGACAUCGGGCUGGGCCUCGCCUUCACUCAACAGUUGCCUCACCUCACCGUACUCAACCUGAGCCUUUGCAAACAGAUCACGGACGUGAGUCUUCAACGAAUUGCUCAAACCUUGAAGAACCUGCAGACGCUCGAGUUGGGCGGGUGCAGUAACAUCACCAACACGGGUCUCUGGUUCCUGGCAUUGGGGAUCGAGGGACUGAAAAGCCUGAAUCUUCGGUCCUGUCGGCACAUCACGGAUCUCGGGAUCAAGAACGUGUCCGAUUUCUGGAAGGAACUGCGAAGUCUAGGGUUGCAGGACUGCCAGAAAUUGACGGACGAUGCACUCAAGUUCAUCUCCGAGGGCCUCCCGAAUCUCCGGAGCAUCAAUCUGAGUUUCUGCGCCAGUAUUACGGACAGCGGCCUGAAGUACCUCGCCAAGAUGUCUAACCUGGAGGAGUUGAACCUCCGAUCUUGUGAUCACAUCUCGGAUACGGGGAUCGCCCACCUGGCCGAGGGAGGAUCCAAGAUCUCCUGCUUGGACGUCUCUUUCUGCGACCGGGUCGGGGACCAGGGGAUGCAGUACAUCGCCAUGGGGCUCUACAACAUCCGAUCUCUCAGUCUCAAUGCAUGCCGGGUCUCGGACGACGGCAUUUACAAGGUCACGCGGACCCUCAAGGAUCUCGACACGUUGAACAUCGGUCAGUGCUCCAAGAUCACGGACCGAGCCCUGCAGUUGAUCGGGGAACAUUUCAAGAACCUCAGAUGCAUCGACUUGUACGGGUGCACCAAGAUCACGACGGUGGGCCUGGAACGGAUCAUGCAGUUGCCCCAUCUCUCUGUGCUCAAUCUCGGCCUCUGGCAUAAGCGAUGA